AUGCCUCUCGCAGUGGAUUUACUCCAUCCCCCUCCAGAAAAACAGCGCAAGGCGCAUAAAAAGAAGCGACUGGUUCAGCAUCCAAACAGUUAUUUUAUGGAUGUAAAGUGUCCAGGAUGUUACGCUAUUUCGACCCUGUUUUCUCACGCCCAGUCUCCUGUUCCAUGCAAAGGUUGUUCGACGAUAUUGUGCACACCAACUGGAGGCAAAGCUAGGUUAACAGAAGGUUGCAGUUUUAGGCGUAAAACGCAUUAAAAUGUAAUUUUAGUGUUGAAUUAAAAUUUUCAUUUACAUAAUAAACAGUUAAGAUCAAA